CCUACCUCUAUUUAUUUUUGUCUUUGCUAAAUUUCCCUCUUUCUUCUCCCUUCUCGUCAAAUGGAUUCUUUUUUUUCUUUGUCUAUUUGUUUACUUGCAUUUCUGGUUGCCUUUCAAUUCUAUUUUUCUCGUUGCCUCUCUUUUUUUUUUCCUUUCUCUCACUUUUAUUUUAUUUAUUUGUUUAUCUAUGCUUCUAUUCGCUUUCAUUCAUUUACUUUCUUUAUUUCACUUCGAUUUUUUUUCUUUUUCUCUUUUGCUUUCUUUCAUUUGUGGUCACUUUUCUUUCUUUCUUUCUUUCUUUCUUUCUUUCUUUCUUUCUUUCUUUCUUUCUUUCCACCAUUCAGUCUUCCUUUUUUUCUGCUUCCUUUAAUAAUGAUCGCUUCUUCCGUCUCCAUCUUCCAAAUUGUCUCCCAAUAUUGUCGAUGUUCCUUCAGCUCCCCGCUUUUGUGUCGAACAGUUCAAGCGGGGCCACAUAUGUUAAAGCUAAUGUCAACAACUCCCAAGAGCUCCGAGAAAAACCCUCACCUGCACUAAUUCAUUUUUUUUUCUUUUUUGUUUCGUUUUUAAUUUCAUUUAUUUUCUUAAUCCUACCUUUUUCUUUGUUUUCUUUUUUUUUCUUUCUUUUCGAUUUUUUACUCUUUCUAUUUAAAUCUCAUUAUCUUUCUCUCUUCGUCCUUUUCUUUGUCUUGUUAUUUCAUUUUUUCUCCUUUAUUUGCGUCUAUUUCUUUUCAUUAUUCCUUGUUUUUUUUUUUUUCUCUUACAUUCUUUCUUUCUUUCGUUCAUUAAUUCUUUCUUUCGUUUCCAUUUUUUUACUCAUUUCUAAUUUUCUUUCACUUGUUUUCCUAAUUCUUUCAGCUUUUCUUUAUCAAUUCUUCUUUUUGUCAUUUUUAUUUCUCAUUUCAAUCUUUUUUUUCUUCCCUUUUCUUCUUCAUUUGCAUCAAUUUUAUUCAUGCUUCCCUUUUCUACAUUACUGUUCUCUCUCUAUUCAUUCUCUUUUUAGCUUCAAAUUUUAUCUAAAUUCUUUUUUUCUAAUAUUUAAUCAUUUUUUUCUUUCUUUAAUUCUUUCACCUCAUCUUUUUUCUCAAUUCUUCUUUCGUUUAUGCUUUCAUUUUUCCUUUCAAUCUUUUUCGGUCAUUUUUCUUUCUUUGUUAUUUGCAUCUAUUUUGUUAAUUCUUGCUUUUUCGAACUUUUUUCAUUUUUUCUGUAGUUUCAAUUCGUUCUUUAAUUUUUCAAUUUCAUCCUUAAUUCUUUCUUUCUUUCUUUUUUCUUUCUUUCUUUUUUUCUUUCUUUCUUUCUUUCUUUUUCUUUUCAACUUUUUUCCCGGUAAUUUUUCAUGCAGCCAUAAAUUAUUAUUAUCUGAAAUAUACUUUUCUUACCUUUCUUUCUUUCCUUCUUUCUUUUUCUUUCUUUCUUUAUUUAUUUAUUUAUUUAUUUAUUUAUUUUAUUUAAGCACUUUUUUCUUUUAUUUUAAUCUUUUCAUAAAUUCUUUCAUCACAUCUUUUUCUCGGUUCUUCUAUAUUUCAUUCUUUCAUUUUUCAUUUCAAUCUUUUUUGUUCCUUUUUUUCCCUUUCUUCAUUAUUUGCAACAAUUUCAUUAAUUCUCCCUUUUUCGUCCUUUUUUUCAUUUUUUUCAGUAAUUUCCAUCUACUCCUGAAUUCUUUCUUAUUAUUUUUUUCUUUUUCUUCCUUUUUUCUUUCUUUUCUUUAUCUCUCUCUUCCCUUCAAUCGAGGUUCCCUUUCUCCUGAGGAAGCGCCUCUAUUCUUGUCCAAGUUCUAUUUUUGUCUCUCUUUUAGUGUCACGUGGCCGCCAUCUUUUUCACAUUCUAUUUUUUUCCGUUUGAACUUUUACUUCUUUUCUUUUCUUUCUCUUUUUUUUCUCGAUUUAUUUCUUUUUGCUUUAUUUUAUUCUCUUUUCAUACUUUUCCUCUUUGUCCGUCUUUUCUCUUUUGAUUUCUUUUUCUCUACUUUUCUGCUUCUUUGUUUAUUUGUAUUGCCUUCUUUUUUUUCGUUUCUUUUUUUAUUAUUUUUUUUACUUCAUUUCUCUGUCUUUUAUUUUAUGCAUUUUCUUUCUUUUCUUUUCUCAUGUUUCCUUUUAAUCAUUAUCUCACUCUUUCUUUCUAUUUUAUUUUCAUUUUUUCUUCUUUCUUUCUUUCUUUCUUUCCAUCUUUCUUUCUUUCUUUCUAUUUUAAAUUCUUUUUUCUUUUCCAGUUUAAAUUUCUUCCUUUCUUCACAUCUUUUCAUUAAAUGCUUAACUUUCAUUUCUUUCUUUCUUUCUUUCUUUCUUUCUUUCUUUUAUUCUUUCUUUUUUCUUUCUUUUUUCUUUCUCCUUUUUCCAUUUUAA